GUUUACAUUAUUAUCUCCCUUCUUAAUAGAAGCAGCAUGAUUGUGGGAUUUGAAGAAAUGUUGUUAGUCAGUAAUCGUGCGUGAAAGGCCACUUCCUGAUAUGAGUUGAUUCCACGUGGAAAUUCUGUAUGUGAAGAUGAGAGCAGUACAGAUAUUGAGGAGAAUAUAUGCCAGAGACUUCAGUUUCUGUAAAACAAAAAUCCUCACCAGAUUCCUAAGUUCCAGCACUAACAUUGAAGCAUGGACAGAUCAUUUUAACUCCCCAACACCUGAGUUUGACUGGCAAUACCUGUGUGAUGAUGCAAAUCUUAAGGAAAUUGAACAAAACAUAAUGGACAGAAAAGGAAUAGGAGAUAUAUAUAAAGUUAGGUCAUUGUGGAAAUCAUACCAAAGAGAAACUAAUGUGUCAUUGAAGGAGUCCCUGUUACAGCAGUUAAAUACAGCAGCUUCAGAACUCCCAAACAGAACCUCCCCAUCCUCUCCCAUAGGAAGUGAGGAGUUUGCAGAAUGUAAAGGGCUCUAUGGAACAAAAAGAGAUUUUACAUUUAAACCACAAUCUGUGACAGAAAUAGGACAAAGAUUAAAUCUUCUGAGAAUAAGUGAUGUUGGCCAUACUACAGGGCCUCGGACAUAUUAUUUCCUGUCAGACUUUGCCAAAUUAGAGCAGGCUUUGAUUAGGUAUACUUUGGACAAUCUUCUUCCCAGGGGAUUCACACUGGUUACUGUUCCAGAUAUCCUCAGUGCUAGUGUAAUUGAAGCUUGUGGAUUCAAGACAACAGGGGACAGGAACCAGGUUUAUAAACUAGAUUCCUAUAACCAUAGCAACUUAUGCUUAGCUGGAACAUCAGAGAUGUCUCUUGCUGGCCUGUUUAUGAAUGAGAUGUGCACAAAUCUACCAAAAAAGGUCUGUGCUGUAAGCCAUUGCUUUAGGGCCGAGGUGUCUUCCACUGAGGAAGAGCAAGGGAUCUACCGAGUUCACCAGUUCACUAAGGUAGAGAUGUUUAGUGUAGCACAGAGAGGACAGGGAGAUUAUCUACUUCAGGAGUUUUUGGAAAUAGAGAAACAGUUGUUCUUAAAUUUAGGACUACAUUUCAGAGUUUUAGAAAUGCCUACACAUGAACUUGGGGCACCUGCCUACAGAAAGUUUGACAUAGAAACCUGGAUACCUUCCAAACAAUUCUGGGGAGAGAUAUCAAGCGCCUCAAACUGUACAGAUUAUCAAAGCAGAAGACUGAACAUUAAAUAUCAGGAAGUGGGCAAGGAAGACACUCUGCAUGUUGAGACAGUAAAUGGAACAGCGUGUGCAGUACCAAGGCUAAUGAUGGCCAUUGUAGAGAAUUACCAGCAGGAAGAUGGAAGUGUAGCUGUACCGGAGGCCCUGAAACAGUACAUGUCAGGGCAAACUCAUCUGCAGAGAGCACCAGUCAAAGGCAAAAUGAAAUUUGUCCAAGGAAAACACUCCAGAUAGAGAAAUUGUAAUGAAAAUUUUUAUAUGGCUUAUAUUUUCAAGAUACAUGUACAUGUAUGUUCAACUUAGUAAAGAGUUUUACAGAAUAUGCACCAAAAAUUUCUUGUAUUUGUUCGUUUAUGUUGUCUUAAAAUUUAGAGUUAACAAUUCUGAGAAA